AUGUUCGCCAACGUCCAAGAAGAGUCGGAGGCGGUGAAGCCGAAAGCCAAGGGCACCCGCGCUGCAUAUUCUAGCGAGGAGUCCGAGCUCGUGGCAAUCUUGUGGGCAGAGGCAACCCACAAUCCUAUUUUGGGGACCUCCCAAAAGUUGCUCCAAUAUUUGGGAGCAAUCACGGAGAAGUUCAACGCGCUCAAUGAGUCGGGAGCGCCGCCACGAAAGCCGGAUCAUCUCAAGUCCCACUUCGCCCGUGUCCAAAAGGAGAUGAAAUUCUUCGAGGGCUUCUACAACACUUGCAAGGACAAUUGGGGGAGUGGUAUGAGCGACGAUCAAAUCUUCCAACAAGCCCAGACGAUUUUUGAGGCGAAUUUCAAGAAGCAAUUCUCCUACGUCAAAGCUUGGAAAGUGCUUCGUGAAUGCCAAAGAUUCAUGUUGCAAGCCGGGGAUGUCCACUCCGCAAAAAAGUCGAAGGGCUCCGAUGGUUGA